UGCGUGUGGACUUUGAAUCCAUCCACCUCAUCCUCCUCCCGCGUACUCCAUAAAACUACUCGGAUUCGAUCUCUUCCUCCAGUACUCCCCAUCUCCCAUCCACCAUUGCUGCCAUCUCCACCACAUACAAUACAACAACUACUACUCAGCUCACCAUCACCGGAGCAAGAGCCAAGAAGACGACGACGACGACGAGCUAGCAGCAGCAUUGCAACCGACGGCAAUGGAGGAGCAGCAGCAGGUGGAGGUGGAGGUGGAGGUGCCGUCCUACUUCGUGUGCCCCAUCUCGCUGCAGAUCAUGCGCGACCCGGUGACGCUCCCCACCGGCAUCACCUACGACCGCGACGGCAUCGAGCGAUGGCUCCUCACCGCCGGCACCUGCCCGCUCACCAAGCAGCCCGUGCCGCCCGACUGCGACCCCACGCCCAACCACACCCUGCGCCGCCUCAUCCAGUCGUGGUGCGCCCUCCACGCCGACCAUGGCGUCGACCUCGUCCCCACCCCCAAGCCCCCCGCCGACCGCGCCCGCGUCGCCGACCUCGUCUCCCGCCUCCGCGCCGCCACGAGCUCCGCUGCCCUCCUCGACGCGCUGCGCGAGCUCAGGGACGUUGCCGCCGAGAGCGAGCGUAACAGGAAGCUCCUCGCCGCCGUCCCCGGCGCGGUGGAUGUUCUGGCCGCCGUCGUCGUCGCGUCGUGUCGAGACGCCAAGGCCGCGUGCGACGAGGCCCUCGAGAUCGUCUGCUCGCUGGAGCUCUCGGAGCGGUGCCUGGCGCGGCUCGUCGAGAGGAACGAGGAGCUCGUCGACGCGCUCGUCGCCACGCUGCAGCGGACGAACACCACGUCCCGGGCGCACGCGGCGCUGCUCCUGGAGGCCGUGACGGCGGUCAUGCCGUCGAACAGGCUGGUGUCCCUCCCGGAGGAGGUGUUCGGUGAGGCGGUGCAGCUGCUCCGCGACAGGGUAUCGAGCCCGGCGACGAGGGCGGCGCUGCACGUGCUGGUCGGCACGACGUCGUGGGGCCGCAACCGCGUGAAGGCGGUGGACGCCGGCGCGGUGGCGGUGCUGGUCGACAUGCUCCUGGACGGGCCAGUCGAGCGGCGCGGGUGCGAGCUGGCCCUGGCGGCGCUGGACCGGAUGUGCGGGUGCGCGGAGGGGCGGGCGGCGCUGGUGUCGCACGGCGCGGGCGUGGCGGUGGUGGGGAGGAAGGUGCUGAGGGUGUCGGAGGUGGCGAGCGAGAAGGCGGUGCGGGUGCUGCGGUCGGUGGCGAGGCACGCGGCGACGGCGGCGGUGGUGCAGGAGAUGGGGCAGACGGGGGCGGUGGAGAAGCUGUGCGUGGUGGCGCAGUCGGAGCAGUGCGGGGAGAGGACGCGGGAGCGGGCGCGGGAGACGCUGCGGCUGCACGCCAGAGCGUGGAGGAACUCGCCCUGCUUGCAGCCUCACCUCCAGGCCCUCUACCCUUCUUGCUGAUCGAAUUCUGAUUCAUGAUCACCGGCCUCAUCACUAGCUAGCUACCAACAUACAGCACAGAGAGAAUUGAACACUUGUUCGAUUCUUCCUUUCGCUCGAUUAAUUUUAUUGAGUUGAGAUCGUUCGAUGUAGUCCUAUGAAUCAAAGUGUACAGAUCGACGCAAUAGAUGAACUAAAUCAUGCGCGAGCUUUUUUUGUUUGGGUCUCGAAA